AUGCGUGUGCUGCCCUACCCUGUUCCCACGCUCCCCGAGACUUACUAUGAUGCAGAGACAGAACCCCUACCUGGCCUAGGCCGCACACCAGAGGCCAUGGCCGCCGCGCUUGCGGCCCACCAGCAGGUAGGUCUCGACCACGUCCUCUCCGGCGUCAAGCUGGGGCGGAUCGCACUGCGCGCGGAUGUGCGAGGCCUCGGCCUUGGCCGCGCGUUCCUGGCCGAGGCCGAGCGCUGGAUCUGCGCUGCCCUUGCGUCCUGCGAUGCACGCGCGGCGCGGGUGCAGUUGACGGCGCAGUCGGUGGCCCGCGGCUUUUACGAGCAAGUGGGCUACGAGGCGACCAGCGGGGAAUUCUGCCUGCUGAAUCAGCCCCACAUCUGGUACGCAAAGACACUCUCGCUCGACCGAGUCAUGGCAGAGUUCCACACGGAGAUUGCCGUGUCGGACGAGCGCCUGCGUGCGGCGUACCAGCUGCGCCAGACCGUUUUCUUCGGCGAACAGGGCUACGACGCCGACCGCGAUCUUGACCAUUUGGACGACGUCGCCGCGCACGUCGUGUUGGUGCGCUCCACCGACGAUGCUGUCGUAGGCGUCCUGCGCGUCCUGCCAUACCCCCUGCCUAAGCAUGACGAGCGCUUCUAUGGGCGGCAGGUGAUCGACGAGGGGCCGCUUCCCGGCCGUGGCCGCGCGGCGUCAACGAUCCAGGCGGCGUUCUUGCGCUCCCAGACAGCCGCGCCAGGCGCCCCUCUCGUGUACUCGGGCGCCAAGCUGGGCCGCAUUGCCAUCGACCCCACGUGCCGUGGACGCGGCUUGGGCCGGCACCUAGUCCAAGGCGCCGAGGCGUGGGUCACGCAGGCGAUCCGCACGCUGCCUGUGCCGCCAGGCACGACGCGCGUCGGCGUGCAAGUCCAGCUGAGCUCGCAGGAGCCUGUGCGCGCCUUCUACGAAUCGCUAGGGUACGCUGUUCAGGGCGACGUAUACUUGGAAGAGGGCCAGCCGCAUAUCUGGUGCCGCAAAGUACUGCCUGUUCCUAUUUGA